AGUUAAAGGGAUCUGAAUUCAGCUCCUGUGAGGUUGACAGUAAGGUAUUUGAUGAAAGUCUGAACACCACACCGCCAUGUUCUGUGGACAUCUGUUUCCCCAGUGAAGAACUUUAUACAUCUAUAGAACCUGGGGCUUUGAGCACUUCCACUCUAAUUUACAAGAUGUUUGAAGACGUCCUGCAACAUGCAGACAAGGAAGGUGAAGAUGGAAAUAAGGAAGAGGGGGUGGAGAAAGAUGAGAGCAAUUCAUCUGAGACUGAAAAGGAAGACAAAACGGAAUCGGACACAGUUGAAAAGGAAGACAAACAGGAACCAGUCACAGUCACAUUAAAUGAGUAUCCUCUUGACCAGAGUGAGAUGUGUGAAGAGAGUGAAGAAACUCCUGAUGCCAGUUCUGCAACAGAGAAAGAGAAGGAGCUCCAGUCUGUUGAUGAUGGUGAAGGAGAGAUGGAAGAAAAGCAGGAGAGCACCCCCAUGGUUGAUGAGGACUUUCUAACCCUGCCACCCAGCUGUAUCCUCUCUCCUCUCAGCAAAUCUGUGGAGGCUGUUGUCACACCACUGAACAUUGAAAUCAUUGUGUCUGAGCCAUCAGUACAGCUGCCCUCACCUGAAGAAAUGACAGCUAGUCCUGCUGACUGCGGUCAACCUUUAUACAGCAUUGACGCCUACCGCUCACAGAGGAAGAUCCAUCCCCCCUCUACUCAGAGCUUGACCCCUGGAGUUCAGAAGCAGGUUCAAGAGAAGACCUGCUCAAAAAAGCCCAUAAACAUCAAGGAGAGAAUUAAGGUUUUAAACGAGGAGGCAGCCAAGUUGCACUUCAAAGCUCUAAAAUGA